AAUAACAAUAAUAAUCAUACCGGCUCGUGAAAGCCCCAGAUCGGAUCGUGAUCUACCUGGAAAACGAAUAUCCGAGUAAACAACGGAGUUGCCACUUUUGACGCUUCUCCCAGUCGCAGGCCAGUGGAAAUAUCCACAACGAAGAUACUCAAACCCUUUUCAAACCCCUCAUUUUUGCUCUAAAUCUUAUCAUAAACCAACCCUUUACAACAUAUCCCUUCCUUCUCAUGAUUACGAUUGCUAGAUUCUGAUCAUCUGCUUCCGAUCUAUUGAAAUAUCUCCUGUAUUAUAUCCCGAAAAGAUGAAAUUGAGCCUGGUGUGGAAACUAGGGUUUGGAUUGAUUCUGUUAUUAGCUGUUAUUAAUCAGUAUGUACAAGCUGCUCCUGCUUCUGGAUCGUCGUCUAGAGAAGCGUAUGUAACUCUCUUAUAUGGUGAUGAGUUCCUGCUUGGAGUUCGUGUUCUCGGAAAGUCUAUUCGGGAUACCAAAACGGCUAGAGAUAUGGUCGUUUUGGUUUCGGAUGGUGUUUCAACCUAUGCUAAGAAGCUCCUCAAGGCUGAUGGCUGGAUUGUGACGCCAAUCAGUCUAUUGCAAAAUCCUAAUCAAGUUCGACCAACAAGGUUUUGGGGUGUGUACACGAAGCUCAAGAUUUUCAACAUGACUGAUUACAAAAAAGUGGUGUACCUUGAUGCGGAUACAAUCGUGGUUAAGAAUAUUGAUGAUUUGUUCAAAUGCGGAAAAUUUUGUGCCAACUUAAAGCAUUCGGAGAGGCUCAACUCGGGUGUUAUGGUAGUCGAACCAUCCGAAGAGCUUUUCAAGGACAUGGUCAGCAAAGUCACAACUUUGUAUUCUUAUACUGGAGGUGACCAGGGUUUUCUGAACACAUAUUAUGCUGGAUUCGAGAGCGCACGUGUGUUCGACCCUAAUAUUUCUCCUGAAGAGCUCAAGUCUAAACCAGUUCCAGAGAUGGAGAGACUUUCUACUCUCUAUAAUGCCGAUGUUGGACUUUACAUGCUUGCUAACAAGUGGAUGGUAGACGAGAAAGAACUCCGUGUUAUUCACUAUACACUUGGCCCUCUUAAACCGUGGGAUUGGUGGACAUCCUGGCUUUUGAAACCUGUGGAUGUGUGGCAGAAUAUCAGAGAUCAACUAGAGGAAACUCUUCCAGGAACUAGAGGCGGCAGAAAUCCUCAUGAUGAAUUUAUUGUCAAAUUUCUGUUCCUGCUUCCACUACUCACCUUACUUUUCUGUUACUACCGUUCUUCUCUUCAGACACGUUCUCUAUGUGAUCAUGCCCGACACAUAUACUACAAAAUCAAAUCAGGUGGUACUCUUUCAUACUCUGCAGUAUCUUCAUCUACCGUCAAUUCUAGUCAACAGUUUUCAAAUGGUGCACAUGCAAAGGUGCCUGCGUUUCUCGGCGGGGUCUCGAUUUUCUUCUGUUUCUUAGCUGCAUUGGUAGCUCUUGCAAUUGCCGGUUCGGUUGUACCUAGGCAAGUAAAGCCAUGGACGGGGUUGCUCUUGAUGUACGAGUGGACUUUUACGGGGUUCUUCCUGCUUUUUGGAGGUUAUCUACAUUUAAUAUAUAAAUGGGGGAAAAUGGUAGCCAAUCAAGGUGGAUCCUCUCGGACCGGACCUUUAGAUUAUGAUUCCGAAAAAGGUCAUCAGCGACAAGUGGCAUGUGAUAUGGCAACGUGGUAUUAUGGGCUUGGAAUGGCGUUUUUUGCCAUUGCGACCCCUUCCGUGCCUCAUAUUUUAGGGAUUACAGCUUUGUUUGCAAGGUUAGGUUUGAUGGUUGCAGGAGGUUUAGUAUUUGCGUCUUUUGUGACAUACGCAUCUGAGCACCUAGCCAUAAGGUCAUUCGUGCGAGGCCUUGAAGAUAAGGACACAUCAAGGACGAGGAACUCGUGUUUCUUAUGCUAAUUGUAGUUGGAAUUGUGAGUGUAAGUUAUUUGUUGGUGUUAUAGAUUUUGAUUUGUAAUUUAGUGUCACAUAUGCAUGUAUACGGUCCGUUACCUAUGAAUUUUGCUCGUUUAUAAAUGUUGUUUGUGGUAGAAUUUGAUUUGACCUA